ACCCAGAUUGCGGCUUUGGAGGUUGGACCUCGUCUUCCUGCUUCCUUCUCUGGUGCCAAGAAGGGAGACUGUGGUUCAUGGAGGUUCUCGUAGGAGCUGGCUGGUGGCCAGGGGCUCCAGACUGGCCAUGGGAAUCCGUCAGUUUCCUGCUUCAGCUCCGAGGGGUCCGUGCAGGGGGCUCCGUGAGGGUGCCGCAGAGGAUGUGCCCGGGAGGAGGUGAUUCCUCCAACCGCACGGCAGUGGCCGCUGCGGGUCCCCAGCGUCUAAUCGAGACAGUGUCGGGCAAGCGCACGCUGGGACUCACCCGCAGAGCAACUCACGGGCGGCCCCCCUCCCCCAACAAAAAAGUCAAGGUCAGUGUCAAGGUCAAGGAAGACACGGCGAGCAGGGGAGACGGCCAGUGGCGGCGGUGGCGGCUGGUUUGCUUUCGGUGUCGCCGUAACCGUUCCUGGGACGACUGGCCAAACGGAAUGAGGCUGCCGCUCCGACGUGAGCGCGCGUCGGUGUUAAUUUCGCGACUUUGACCAUUUUCCUGUGGUUUACGUCAGAGGACUUCCUUGUUUUUCGGAGGAAAACAAAGCACCACAUUGAAGAAUUUAGGGGCAAAGGGGCAUCGUGUUUGCAGUUCAGACUAUCUCCGUGUCCCUGGGGAGGGGGGCCAGAAAAGUCAGACGCGGUGAAACAACCGUGUGCAGGCUGAGUGUUUGAGAAUUAUUCGGACAACUUUCCCAUAUAUUCAAAAUUAUUUUUUUUAAUGUUUAAAAAACAGUGAUGAGGAUUUAACUUUCCCUUAGGAACCUCCAGCAAAUAUCUUUUCUACCUUCACUGGCUGGAAUGAUUGGGUCAUGAGCUCGUCUGGGUUGUAGACGGGGACCCAGGACACGUGGGAGGCGAGGGGAGGAGGGAGGAAGGGUCAGUUUCCACCCGAGCCCCCCGUCACUCCCCCAAGACCAGGCAUAGGUUAGCGUCCCCCACAGCACGUGGGACAGACUGAACAAACGCAGGUACUUCGACAAAACCCAGCAGACUUAUCACCAAUAGGAGCCAAAUAAAUGCCGAGCAGACCACUGCAGGGUCCACCCCGGGAGAGAGGGGUCCAUUUCCACGAGUCCCGAUUACAAAGAGGGAUGCGGGCUCAAGACAGACAUUCCGCUCAGUCACAGAAAUUCGGGGAAAGCGACAUUUCUCCCACAUCGUCCGGGUUUUCUGUUUGUUUGUUUGUUUGCACGAGGUUUGGAGCUGCUGCAUUCACUGUUGACGCACCGGUUAACCAGAGAAGGGAGGCCUCCUGCGUCUCCAGGAGGCAUAAAAGCUGGAGUCAUGCAGGAGCUGGGACCCAUACCGGAGAGAGAGCUGGGGAGAGCUGCCAGCUGCAGUGAGUGUUCUGUGGCCUCUAGCGCCCACCCGGGCCCUCAGAUGGCUCCACCUGCCUGUCUGGUCCUCCUUGCCGUCCUGCUCAGCCUGGCGGAGACGCCAGCCUCCGCUCCUGCCCCCCGGGGGCGAGGAGGCUGGACCCUCAACAGCGCCGGCUACCUUCUGGGUCCCGUGCUCCAUCCUCCCCCGAGGGCUGACGGAGGCAGGGAGGAGAAGAUGGCCCUCGGGAUCCUAGACCUGUGGAAAGCCAUUGAUGGGCUCCCUCACUCCCAGUCCCAGCUGGCCUCCAGGAGGGGUCUGAGGGAGACUUCCGCCAAACCAGAGGUUGGAGACCUGGGCGUGCUCGGCAAGAAAGUUCCCAAAGAGGAGGACUUCCUGCAGCCAGAGGUGUCUCCAAACGUCCGCUCCAGCUCCUCCUGAAACCCUGUGGACACAGCCUCUCCUGAGACUGAGAUCCUGAAAUUAAACCCCAGAACCUCGGGAAGAAAGUUCGGAGCGUUUGAAGAAUGAUUCUCAAAAGUCCCUGGACUGUCUCAGGUUUUACUUGGAAUAAGUAUGACGUAAUGUUAAGCAACUCAAGAACAAUUCUGGGUGGGAAGGGCAUAGCUCAGGGCAAAGUGUGUGCCUAGCACGCAUGAGGUCCUGGGUUCAAUCCCUGGUACCUCCAUCAAGAAAAAUAAAUAAACCUAACAACCCCCCCAAAUAAAAAAAAAAGAAUAAUUCUGGCACCAUUUAGGAGCUCCUGAGAGUAAUCAGGGAAAACUCCCGCAGCGCAUUCAAAGUAGUCGAGCUCUUGGCAUCACCUCGCUCAUCACGUGAGCUAUUGGCUAAUAUAACAUCAAUAUCCCGUUUAAUGCUGAGAUACUCGGACGAUGCAAUGGGGAAAGAUCCUUGAAGGUAGCAUGCUUGCCCUUCCCCGCUCCUCUACCCAACCCGAGACUCCUCCAGCCAGAAGUGGAGGGGGGUCCUCUGCUGCAGGAUGGAGAAAAUAAAGUAUUUCUUUUCAAAUAA